AUGAAGCAUAUUAACUUUCAAAUGCAAAAUGCGAAAAAUGACGAUGAUCAUCAUAGCAAGGAAAAUGAUUACAUCAAAAAAGAAAGUAUUUAUAAUAACUUAUCAAUAUUUGGAGACAAUCAAAAAAUGAGUUGUCGUCGUCUGAGUAAACCAUUAAGUGUUGCUCCGAUGCUUGAUGUGACCACUCAGCAUUUUUUGCAACUUUGUCGGAUAAUAUCACCAAAUUUUCUUUUAUACACCGAAAUGAUCCAUUGCAAUGCAAUAAUUUAUCAUGCCAAUGAUCUAAGCCAACUACUUGGUCCUCCAUUCUCAGACACAGUCGUACAAUUAGGUGGAUCCGAUCCACGGGCGAUGAGUCAAGCUGCGUUAAUAUUAGCAAUGAAUGGUUGGCGAGAUAUUAAUAUUAAUGUCGGAUGUCCGAGUGACAGAGUUCAGCAUAAUAACUGUGGUGCGAUUUUGAUGAAAUCACCGGAUUUAGUUGCACGUAUAGUUACUGCGAUGGCGGAAGUAAAUCAACAUGAUGACAUUUUACCAAUAACAAUAAGCAUAAAAUGUCGAAUAGGCGUUGAUGAUAUAGAUUCAUACGAACAGCUGUAUCAUUUUAUUUCAACGGUCUCAAAAACAAACUUUGUGAAUCACUUUAUCAUACAUGCACGAAAAUGUUGGCUUAAGGGGCUUUCACCUGCACAAAACCGUACAAUUCCAAAGCUUGACUAUGAACGCGUAUAUCGCAUUGCCAGCGAUUUUCCGAACCUAGUUUUUACCAUUAACGGCGGAAUUGAUAAUGCUGAUAAAAUAGUAGAACAACUUGAGAAAGUGGAUGGCGUUAUGAUUGGCCGAAAAGAUUUUUAUGGAAUUCCUCCUAAGCCAGACCUCGAAAUCAUAGAUGAGUAUAUUGGUAAGGAUUCUACCUUUUAUGGAUUGUGA